AUGGCUCAUGGCUCAACACAGCGGUACCCUUACACCGUUACCCAUACCCUUCUCACUCAUCUGCCAUGGCUCAGCGGUAGCACACACCAUUCACACCAACGUACUCAGGGGCAGCACACACACCACCGGGCGACCAGCGACAACUCAGCCCAG